AAAAGUACCACUAAAAGUUGGCUUCCAGGAUACAGAAAUGACAAUGGAAUCUUCUGCCAGUGUAAAAAAGAUGGAAUUUCCUUGCAACUUGCUCUUUGUGAGAAUCAUACAAAUAAAAAAUCUACAAGCGGCAGAUGUAUUUAGCCAGACUAAUUGCUAUGUGAGCUUGUUCCUGCCAACGGCUUCAUUUGAAAGGGUUCAGACCAAGACUAUUAAGAACUGCCAGGAUCCAUUGUGGAAUGAAAGCUUCACCUUCAGGAUACAGAAGGAAGUCAAAAAUGUUUUAGAGUUGAUGGUUCAUGAUGGAGAUGACUGCCUUCUCACUGUUCUUUUUGAUGUUUCUAAAAUUCAACUUGGAGAAACUAUCUGCCUCACAUUUCCAUUGGACCAAAAAAUUCAAGAAGAGCUAGAGGUGGAGUUUAGACUGGAGAGCAUUGCAGUUCCUCUUGAAAAUAUUGUUACUAAUGGCAUAUUAAUGUCUCGUGAAAUUUCCUGCUUGGAGGUGGAGGUUAACAUGGAAAAAAAGAAGAAUGAACCAACAGAUAAAAGCUUAACAUUCACUGUGCAAGGAUCAUGUGAAGAAACAGAGAAAGUUUUACUGGGAUCUGCUAUGCACCCCACUGAUCCUAUUGUAUUUCACUACAUAAAAUAUCAGCAAUCUCUGUUGGAAAUUGAAUUAUCAAAGAAGUUAUGUGUCAUGUGCUUUCCCACCUCUAGCAGAAAUACUAGUGCAGAAGAAAGAAUUUGCCUCACUUUGCCUCUGGACCCACUCUCUGUCAAAAAGGAGAUUGUCGUAGACAAGAACACAACUAUUGAUUUAACUAUGAAGGUACAAGAUUGGCCAAGAGACCUAGAUGUACGUUUGAGCUAUGAAUUAUGUAUGGAGGAAAAAUUACUGGUACAGAAACGGAAAAGGAUUGCUGCAGCUGCCCUGAAAAAGGUUCUCCACUUAGAAAAGGAUCUCCAGGACCAUGAGGUACCAGUAGUGGCUGUCAUGGCAACAGGGGGUGGUGCCAGAGCAUUCACUGCUUUACAUGGCAACCUAUUUGGUCUCCAAAAGCUGAACCUGUUAGAUUGUCUUUCAUAUAUCUCUGGGUCUUCUGGCUCUACGUGGGCCAUGUCAAACCUGUAUGAACAUGCUGAUUGGUCACACCAGGAUCUUUCAGAAGCAAUAGCAGAAGCUCGCAAACACAUGACGAAAUGCAAGUUGAGUCUGUUUUGUGCGGAAAACUUUAAAAACUACAGUAAAGCUCUGGAGCAGCGGCAAAAGGAAGGAUACAAAACAUGCUUUACUGAUCUUUGGGGACUUGCAAUUGACAAAGCAUUAAGCAAUGGGAAUCCCAGUACACUCUCAGGGCAGAGGCAUGCAUUGAAUCAUGGCCAGAACCCACUACCUAUAUACAUGGUUCUCAACACCAGAGACAAAUACUGCCUUCCAGAAUUUAAAGAGUGGCUGGAAUUUACUCCCUAUGAGGUUGGAUUACUAAAAUAUGGUGCCUAUAUUCGUUCCGACGAUUUUGGAAGCAAAUUCUUUAUGGGUCGGUUGAUGAAGAAAGUUCCAGAAUCUGGAAUCUGCUACAUGAAAGGUUUGUGGAGUAAUGUAUUUUCAUAUAACGUGCUGGACACCUUGCAUGGUGGAUAUGAUGUUGCACAAGAAAACUAUUGGCACAGAUGUACCCGAGACAAGAUAGAAAAUAUUGAAGAAAGGCCUCCUCAACCACUAGCACCACAUCAGUUGGAUACUUACCUGGUUACCCCUGCCUGUAAAUUUUCUAAGUUCCUUCGGGAUAUUCUAACAGAAACCUUAACAACAUCAGAAGUCUACAAUUUCAUACAUGGGUUCCAGCUAAAUAAUGGGUACCUUGAUAACAACAACUUUGCGAUAUGGAAAGAUACUGUACUAGAUGCUCUUCCCAACAAACUGACAAUAGCACCAGAAUACCUGUCCCUUGCAGAUACUGCAGCCUAUAUUGACACCAGCUACCCUACACUCAUGAGGCCGGAGAGAAAAGUGGACAUAAUUGUGCAUCUAAAUUAUUCUUCGGGAGCUCAGACAGAAUCUUUACUAAGAACCGCUCAAUAUUUUGCAAAUCAAAGGAUUCCAUUCCCCAAAAUAGAUUUAAGUAAUGUUAAAGACAAGGAUCUAAAGGAGUGCUACAUCUUUGAAGAUGCUGAAGACUCAAGAGCCCCAAUUGUGGUUUUUUUCCCUCUGAUAAAUGACUCCUUCAGAAAAUAUAAAGCACCAGGUGUGAAACGCAGCCCCUGGGAAAUGAAAGAAGGUGAAGUUGAUGUAAUUAGUCUACAUUCCCCAUAUGGAUUACAAAACUUCACAUAUACAAAGGAGGAGUUUGAUCAGCUGGUGGAACUGACAAGCUACAACAUCCAGAAUAAUAAGACUAUGAUCUAUGGAGCGUUGCGAAAAGCAGUGGAGCGAAAACAAAAGAAAUAAAAUGUCAUGCCAAUUGUAUUAGGCUGCAUUCAGACAUUGCAUCAAACCAUCAUUCAGCUUGAAGGUGUUUGUUGUGGGCCUUGUAGAUGCACCUCACUCCUUUACCUUCCUUGCUUGCAUGAACUGGGAUGAAAGAGUCCUGGUGAGAAGCUAACUCCAGUUGGAUGUAUAAAUACAGGUAC